AUGGAGCUGCGAGGGUGCGUGGCGCUGGUGACGGGCGGCGCCUCGGGCAUCGGCCUGCAGUACGCGCGCCACCUGCUGCUCGCCGGCCUCAAGGGCGUGGUCCUGGCCGACCUCGAGCGCGGCCGCGCCGUCUUCCAGCGCACCGACGUGACGAAGCCGCAGCACCUGCGAGAGGCGUUCGCGAAGGCGUACGAUGAGUUCGGCCGUCUGGACAUCGUCAUCAACAACGCUGGCAUACUGAACGACGCCCAGUGGGAGCUGCAGAUUGACAUAAACGUGACGGCGGUGGUGCGAUGCACGCAGCUGGCGAUGGAGCUGAUGUCGCGCGGGGGCGGCGGCGGCGGCGGCGGCGGGGGCGGCGUCGUGCUGAACGUGGCGUCGGUGCUGGGGCUGGCGCCGCUCGCCGGCUGCCCCGUCUACGUGGCCACCAAGCACGCCGUCGUCGGCCUGUCCCGCUCCUACGGGACGCAGUUCCACUGGCAGCGGACGGGCGUGCGGGUGGUGGCGCUGUGCCCCGGCGUCACGCACACGCAGCUGAUCGCGCAGGCGGGCGGCCGCCAGCCGGACCCCGACCAGGGCGCGCUGGCCGUGCGGGAGCUGGCCGCGCUGCCGCAGCAGCGGCCGGAGCACGUGGCCGCGGCCGCCCUCCACGUGCUGCGCGCCGCCCCCAACGGCUCGGUGUGGGUGGCGGAGGGCGGCGAGCCCGCCUACCAGCUGCGCUUCCCGCACCGCACGCAGCUGCUCACCAACGAGUCAGAAUUUACACUGCCCUCGUGGCUGGGGGAGGGGCUGUAA